AUGACGGCCCCGUUCAAGAGGUCUCGCCCGAUGCGUGUCCUAGCUUUGGGCAUGUCACGGACCGGAACGCAGAGCGUGUCCAACGCAUUAUCGCAACUGGGCUAUGACCGAGUUUAUCACGGCCACGAUAUGGGAGAUGAUGCUGCAUCAGUCUAUACGUGGCGCGAUCUAUGGCGGCGGAAGCAGCAACAUGGCAGCGCUCGCAUUACCUCACAGGACUUCGACCAGGUUCUUGGGGUUUGCGAAGCCGUCACAGACGCACCCUCAGUGCUUUUCUGGUCUGAAUUGAUGGACGCAUAUCCAGAUGCAACGAUUGUGCUCGUUAUUCGGGACACAGAGAAAUGGUAUGGAAGCUUUUCCAGCGUGUGCAUCGAUCCAUACUGCAGCAAGCGAAGUCGUCUGGUUCAGUCGGGCGUCCGCUUGAGACUGUUCCCCUACAAUGUUCUGGCGUUUCUACCGGAAAUGUUCAUGGGCUACUUCCAGGCCAAGACUGAAGAGCAAUUCCGGAGCAACGCUCGUGUGAUCUACGAGCAGCACAACGCUAGCAUUGUUGCGAGAGCGGAGAACGAAGGACGACCGCUCUUGCAGAUGAGGUUGGAAGACGGCUAUGAGCCCCUGUGCAAGUUUCUUGACAAGAGUGUCCCCGAUGCUGCAUUCCCGCGUGGCAACGAUGCUGCUUCUUUGCGAAGCAAAACGCUACGCGAUGAACGAGCUGGAAGCACGCAAAAGCCGAAAGAGGCACGAAAGGCUGUAUCACAUCUGCGGAGAGAGAAAGUGUUAUGCGCCAUCGUGGAGCAGGACAUAUACAUAUUUGGCGAUGUGAAUCCCGAACAUACUUUGGAAUUGGAGAACACAUAUGAUUUGGUGGAGGAAGGGACCGUAUGCUCUCAGGAUGAGACCAUAUCAGUGGACACGAAGGACAUAUUUCUGGACGCGGUAGAGCACGCGAUUGCGUUCAGUCUUGCGGUGGACCCAGCAAUCACCUAUGUCGCGCCUUGGACAUGGCUCUACCACGAUUCGGAGGCUGAGAAUGGCUCCGACGCCGACUCAGGCUCGAUCAUCAAGAUGUACGCAGAGUAUACGCCCACCGCAGCUCUGUUGCUCGUUCCGGAAAUAUUGCCGGCAUCAUGGCUACCUAUUGGUCACGCUGAUGCACAGGUCGGAUCACACAUCAUCCUCGCGCCCCGCGGAAUCCCGGCCAGACGCAUUGCGGAAGCGAGGAGGAGAGUGUCACCGGACAACGCUUGGAAGGCCAAGGUAUCAGAAGUCCUGCAAUUAGAUGCAAUUCAAACUGACGAUGAUACCGUAUGGAUCUCUGUCGAACUCCAGGACUCCGCUGGACUGUGUUGUCUUUGGCCCGCGGAGCUAUGUUUGGCGCCUUUCACCGCGACAAACCUGGACUUCUGUGCGACGACUAGGCAAAGCGACUGGCGGCGUUGGCUUGUGGGUCUCGAGGAGGAAGAUGCUUUCCGAAAUCCACUUGCAGUCGCAGAAGAAUGGUUCAAGGGUGCAGGUGAACGCGAACAGGCUGUUCAGAACGCAGUGAAAGCUUCUACGGGCGACCCUCAUUCAUCUCAGAACCUUGUUUCUACAGCUGCGAACGACGAGGAGGCCAUGACUUCGCCGCCGUUCAUGCAACGAGCUCUCGACCAGCAAACUGCGGUCAGCGGAAUAUACCCCACGCCGCCAGACGGAAUGGCUCAAGCGCCGCAAACGGCUCAGAUAAAUUUAGGUGCCACGCCUUCUGUUGCUCACACCGAUAACACCAUGUCCGGAGUGGAGAUGACGUCAAACACCAAUGACCAUGCUCAGUCCAAUGGCAGCGACCCGGAUCAAUCUCUGGACCGGGAAGACUUUGAGCUCAACCAAGAGGACCUCUUCGGCGAUAACUCAGGCGGUGUUGAAUUUGGAGAGGAUGCUGUUGAUGAUGCGGACUUCAAUUUCUUCGACGAGCCGGACGAUGAGCCUGAGCAAGGCACUGUGGCGAGCACGGAAAUGGAUGACGAAUCAACACAUGAGCAUGAACUGGAUCCGGUAAUAGCUCAGGAUACAGUCACUGAGUCACAGGCGGCAUUGGACGACAUACCAGCCGCUACUGCCGUGGACUCGGCCGUUUCAGAAAAUCUGACGUUGCCAACAUGUAAUGAUAUAGCAGGCGACGUCAUUCUUGCUGUUGGCAGCGACGACUCUCGAUUUGCAACCCAUACGUCGGAACCCGAGAAGGCCUUGAGCCCGUUUGGAAUCAGAGAAAGACUUCUGCCUCCUCCUGUCCCGGCGAGUCUAGCGAACACUGAUUCCAAAGACUCCGCAAAAUAUCGCAAGCAUAGCACAUUUGCGCCAAUAGUCUUCAAGGAUAGUUUCAAUCUCGGUCCUAAGUACGCCGACACGAGACUCGAAGACGAUGAGGCGCAACGCCCAAUAGUCAAGUCCAAAGUCCCCAACAUCAAUUUGCCGCCGGUCAAGAAGAAGUCUAGGUUACUGAGGCAGAAGGCCGACAUGGAGUACAGGAUGACAGAUCCGAACAGCGAGAGCGAGGAGGACUCGUACGAGUCCGCAUCCAGCGAUAGUGACGAUGAGCUACCACCGAAGCUACCUUGGGACACAAGAAAAAGAAAGAGGCCUUCUGACGAUGACCGGUUGCAGCCUCUUGCGAGCUCCAUGGAAAGGAUGUUGUCCGAUGAUGAUCCAGGCGAUGACUCUGAGGCGACUGAAUCUCAGCAUGACGCGGACACAAUGCUUGAGAAGUGCCUCCCUCGAGCUUCGAGCGGUGGUAUAUCCGUGUCAUUCAAAAACCCUUUCGACAACUACUCGGGUUGCGGGCCGAAGAACGCGUCGGGCGAAGAAUCUGGAGAUUCUAUCCGGAAUGUCGAAGAGUUGUUCAGCCUUCGCAAAGAGGACUUGAUCUACGUAGCUCAAAUCGUCCAUGAGCAAGCGAUGUCGAUGUCAAGGUCAAGUGUUGCCGAGCAAGAUCUGUUCUCCAACGGCGGUCCUGACCCGGAAAAGGCCCAGUGCGGCCGAAUGUCCAUCGCAAAGGCUGUGGAAUCCGUCUUCCCAGACUUUGAAAUUUGCGACCUUGUUCAACUCGCUGCAACCAGAGAUCAGGCUCCACGACUGACCGUGCCAGUGAAAACACCACAGGGACAACCUCGUAUGCCGCAGCGUUCAGACAGCCAGAUCGUUCUUGGACCGGACUACUUCCCUCUCCCGUCACCGUAUGUGCGGAUACAGCGCGGCGCGGAUGAUUGGGAGAUGACGUCUACCUGUCUGUCCUUCUGGGAGACUCUUGGUCUAGGUCCCACCAACGGACCCAAAAACGUACGAGCGUUUUGUGUAUUCCCAUUCAACGAAGAUCUGCAACAUCUGGUCGAACAAUUCAUGGGAGACUUGGGCACGUCUUACGAGAACUGUAAGCUUGGCUCGUACGUACAUCUUCGAAAUGUCUCCGAUGCGUCACUGGACAGUUUUGAAGAUGGCAUGGCUCCGGUGGAAGUGAACGAGGAGGGGGACUCUGUCGAGGGCCUUUUGAAAGCAUAUGCGACUACUUGCGCCGAGCUAGGAAAGGUUCUGUCGACUAUUGGACACGAAGAAAGCGAUCGGACAAUCGUGGUCUACAUGUUGAACCCGUUCUCUGGCCGCCAAGCUCUACAGCAUCUAUGCGCGUGCUUCUGGGUGCUGUUCAAAGCGUAUCGAGACAACGUCCCAAAAGCACUCAGGAAUCAGUGCGGCAGUGAUAUUGUCCUGCAAGUGCUGCCCAUGAAGCUCGUGGCAUCUUUCGAUGAGCUCGUGAUGCCAGAAGCAAAGGAAAUGGCGUUGCUGGCUCGCGAGGUAUACGAUCGGUGUCCACCAUCGUCCUCUCAUAAUUCAGAAACGCUGUCAGCUUUGCCGAUUCUUGCUGCGCCGUCAGUAGAGUUGGCCAACGCAGCACCGAAGCGGAUCGCUUUUCAGCUCGCAGCCGAGCCGCCCAGUGACUUACUCCAUGAAGGGUCUAUCCUCCACCUUGCCUACGCUUGCAGCCAGGAUGGACAUUGGCUGACUGUAGCCUGGAUCGAUAACACCGGUCAGCAUCAAUCGACUGCAUCGUUCUGCCUGCGCGGCAAGACAUUCAGCGAAGUCGCAGAGGAUGUCUGGGGCCGUACCCGCGAAAUCCUCGCAGCACGACAAGUCACCUGGCGAGUCUUCAUUGUCACGCCUGACGCCAUGGAUACUUCCCUUUCACAGUGCUGGCGCUCCAUCACGUCUCGCCGCAGACCACAUCCACUCUGCGUCACCCUUCUUUCCGUGCAACUCGACCCAAUCCUUCAUCUCUCCCCUCCCGCUCCUCCAUCAGACACUCAAAUCACAUGGCCAACCGCCGACGGUGGCUUCCUUACUCCCGCAUCCACUCCUCAAGCCGGCAACCUCACCAGCUCCCCCAACCCUGGCGGAGACUCGACCGCGCCUCCAACUCCAGCACCCAGCGAAACAAUGACCGCUGCCUCCAUCGCCGAAAACGACCCAGACGCCUACCUCACCGACCUCACCGACGAAACCUGGGGCGUGCUCCUCUCCCCCAAACUUGCGCCCUUCGCCUCUUCCUUUCCCGGCCAAGCCAACGGCGCGCUCUUCCGUCGGGGCGACCCUUCGCCCGGGGAGGCAUUGCCCUCUCUCGGCGUGAGCGUGCAUUGGACGAUUCAAGUCAAACCUUCGGGCGGCGUGGAUGAUGGGAGUGUCAAGCAGGCGGAGCUGACGUGUAGGGAGGUGUUGAAGAUGUAUCGCGGUUUGAGCGUGUUGACCAAGGCGAGGGGGUUGGACGGUGGGAGGAGAGGAACGGAGUGGGUGACGCCGGUCCAUGUUGCUAUGGUCGUUAGAGGCGUGGAGGGGUUGGAGGGUUUCUUGGAGAAGGGUGGUGAGACGUGA